AUGGUAUCUGAACUCUUAGCUCACAAGAAUAGAGACACCUUGGGAGCACCAAUAGUAUGGGCUGAUACUGAAGCCAAUGUAUUAGCAAGACAACCAAAGAGAGUUUACAAUGUAGGACUUAAUAUUGUUGCUAUUGCCAAGUACACAAAGUUCUUACAACCUUUUAUUACAAGUGCUGACAAGUACUUCAUGAGAGAUCAUAAUGUUACUUAUUUUGUCAUCUCAGAUAAACUUGAUGAAGUAGCUAAAGUGAAAACAAACCGUCAUAUUGUAAGUAUUAUGGAGAAAAAAUCUAGUUUUAAUAGUGAGGCCUUAGGUUCAAGAGUAGGUACCCUACAUCCUGGUUUUUAUUGGAAACAAAGACUAUCGUUCCCAUAUGACAGAAACCCUAAAUCAACAGCUUAUAUUAACCGAUAUGAAGGAGAGUACUAUUUUGCUAGUGGGGUAUUUGGUGGUUGUGUAAGUGAAGUCAUCACUAUGGUGAUAUACUUUUCAAAUAUAUUAACAGAUCUUAAUAAAUACAACUACAUAGCUUUGUGGCAUGAUGAGAGUCAUCUUAAUAGAUAUUUCAUUGAUCAUCCUCCAACUAAAUUAUUGUCUCCAGAAUAUUGUACCCCAGAAGAUUCGAUAACUUCAACAAAACGUCGACUUUUGGCUUGA